GGUCCUCGUCGGUCGUAGCCGCGAUCCUCCGUUCCGCCGGUGUCGCCCACCUCGGGCUCAGUGAGCCGGUGUGUGAGCGCCGCGACGCCUAGAACAGCACUGUCGUCGUCGAACGUCGUCGUCGUCAUCGUCAUCGUCGUCCUCAUCGGCGUGGAUUUAGCGACGAUCCCACGUUUCCCUCGUCCUCAGCCUCUUCGUCGUCGUUGUGGUCGUUCUCGAUUGAGCGCAGUCUAUCUUCGUCGUCGUCGUGGUCGUCAUCAUUGUUGUCGUCGUCGUCGUCGUCAUCGUUGUCGUCGUCGUCGUCGUCGUCAUCUCGUUGCUCUCGAUCGUAUACCACGGUGGUGCUGGCACAUACACGGAGGCACGCGACUUCCUCGAGCAGUUCCGUGCGCGAGUCGCAGUUGGCGCGGGAAGAGAGAGACAGACGAGUGCAGUACUACCUUUUCCCCCUCCCCUUACUUCGUCUAUCUGUCUCUCCUGCUUCUUCCCUCUUCCUCCUCCCACUCUUCCGCUCUCUCACUCACUCUCUCUGUCUCUCUGUCUUUCACUGUGCGUAUGCACGCUCUCGUUCUCUGCACCCCUUUUGCCGCCAUCGUCGUCCUCUCUCAUUCUCACGAUCGCGCUCGCUCUUCGCACCCUGCACCAAGGCUCAGCCUCCGUCACUAUCUUCUCCUAGCUGGUUCACGUGCUGCGCUCCGCGAACAUACGCUGUUUUCGAUCUUUACGACCUGCGAGUUCUCCUGUCCGUUCCGACCUCUGGACGACGAACGCGCAGCAGCAAGGGCGAGUGGAGAGUGAGAGGUAGAGAGAGAAAAAGAGAGAGAGAGAAAGAGAGAGUGUAUGUUGUGUGUGCGAGAGAGAGAAAUACAGGCCCGGGAACGUGGCGCGCGGAAGAGGACGAAGGAUGUGUAGACACCGUGGCGUCGUGCCUGUCGUGUCCACAGGACCUCCGAGGUGGAUGUUCGUGGCUCGCCUCGUAUCCCGCAGGCUGUCGACUGCCGCGUAAUCGCACCACGACGAGCUCGUCGUCCCGACAACAACACCGCCGUCGUCGGUGGUAGCUGCUGCAUCAUUGCCGCACGUAAAAUGAACGAACGAUCCACGGGGGUGAGAGCGUAUAGUGCGUAGGGCGCGCCGCGACGUGAUGAAAUGAGAAGAGAACGUGCGGAUUGUCAUUCCGGAAGAAGAGAAUCGACUCGAACCUAGGACCGAUGGUGAUGACCAUAGCCUGUCGAGACACGUGUGUGACUUCUCUUCCAUCAUCGACAACGUAACAGCUGACGACGUCUGAUCAUCGUGCACCACUGUGAGACCUGACCGCAUCCCCGACAUAACACGGACCCGAGCGUGCGCGAGCGAACGCAUCCUUCGAGGAGAUCGUACUCCGCUGACCGUUUCAGAAUGAAUGGGACGACGAUCUAUAACGCUGCGAGCACCGUGGCUAGUGUCAUCAGUCUCGAGUCUACGAAUCUCAGUCUGACCAAGACAAUCGACGCCAUCAUUGACGGCGACCUUGAUGUUUCGCCGGUGACCUUGUCGUCAGCCUGGUCCAGAGUGGCGCGACUAUUGCUGCUGGUCUCCCUCGCUGUCUGCGGGAGCGUGGGUAAUGUCUUCAUGAUAUCUGCCGUGGUGGUGGAGGAUCAGCUCAACAAACGAGGAAACGCCUUCCUGGUGAACGUGGCGCUGGCGGACCUGCUGGUGACCGGCCUGAUAAUACCGGUCUCGGUGAUUGUAAUCCUGGCGGGCCACACGGAGUCCCUGAGUACCUGCCGAUUCGAGUGGACCCUCGAGGCCCUCUGCUUCCUAGUGACCGUACUGACGCUGGCCACAAUCGCCGCCGAAAAUUACGCACGUCUGUGUCUGCCUGAGAGGUACGCCAGCCUGACGGCAUGUCACGUAACGUCCACAAUCAUCGCCGUGUGGAUGAUUGCCGUGAUCGCAGUGGUCCUGCAAUCGUUCCUGAAUGUGGGCCCCGAUUUUUGUCGCCGCAGGCUCAGCGGCAUCACGAUGGAGCAGGUGAUAGGCGCGAGUGUGCUGGUCGGACUGCCCGCUCUGGUGACGAUUUUCCUGUUCGUCAAGCUGGUGAUAUGUAUACGACGCGCCACACGGGGCUCGUACAAACUGCCGGCCGCCACCUCGGCGGACUACGAGCUCACCAAGACGAACAUGUGCAGCUACUUGAUGUUCGUGGUGUUCUGGCUACCGUUCGGCUUGGCAGUCUGCAUCAACUCUUUCAUGCCGAUUAGCUCCCGCGUGCUCUACAACCUGGCCUGGUUCGCCCUGACCAAAUCUUGCUUCAACUACAUCCUCUACGGCGUGGCGGACCGCCACUUUCGCAGCGCUUACGUCAAGCUCUUUCAUUACUGCUGCUGCAAGACGGUGAGCUUCUCGAGGAGGCCGCGCGGCGAUGUGCGCCUCAGGGUGCACAUCAUUCACUCGUACGCGAGCCCGGCGUCCUGCCGUCAGGCCGGCGAUAGGCCCAAUGGUCGUGAGAUCCACGAGCUCUAGAGUAUGGUCGAUACGACGAGACGGGCGCGCAGGAUCGCGGCAUCGAGCGCGAAAGGGAACGCUCCCGAUGAAGAUGUUUUAGCCGUACCGCACGACGCGAGCUUUCGCGACCAAACAACGCUUCGUUUUUGCGAGGCCGGCCGGCCGUCGUCGCGUCGACGCGCAAACGACGCCGUCGCUCACCGGGAGGCUACCUAUCCGGUAUGGCCUUACAGGGAGUAUUAAUUGGUUUGUCUCCCUCGAUCCUCACGGCUCGUCCAACUAUACCGACGGAAUUAUUCUUACGUUGGCUCUUUUCGUUUUUACGGGGAUGCCAGAAGCGAGUCCUUUCAGGCGAAAACCACCGGUCUCAGCAUGGUCGGAGAGACGUUGACAUCGUCGCAUAAAUCUGCCGCGCUGACGGAUAUAUAUCGCCCGUUUUCUUCUAGUCAGUCUAAUCUAUCCGCGGGCUGGGGUUAUUCUUCAACGGGAUCGUUAACAAUGGCUUCCGCGCGCGCGAUAUUAUCUUCCGCAAAUUAAUAAACCCGAGGGAAAACAUCGGCUCUAAGGAUGUCUCGCGUGACGUAGCGAACGUCGUCUCUAAUAGAAAGUUGUCCGUUUGAUGAUGAAUUCGAGGAUCACCGAGUUCGGGAGAGGGACGUACAGAGUCCGAAAGCGUGCAUCCAGCACUUCCGACGCCAAUACGAAUGGUUGCCGUCCAGAGAAAAUGUUUGCCAAACGGUAUCUACGGAUUUUUGUGCAUCACGAUCCUGUCGGAGCUCUCGGUAUCACGCGUAUCAAGCGAGUCAGCGAAAUGUCUCGAAAUUACCGCUUGGAUCGCAGUCCUGAUCACGAGAGAGUCGAAAAUGUCCGCUGAUCAGUUUUUUUUGUAGCCCGACAACGGCAGGCUACUUCUGUUCCGCGAGCGAGACUGCGUCGUGGAAUUCACCAGCUAUUCCCAGUCAGAGUUGCAAUUAAUUAAAUUUUUCUCAAUUUAAUGAUUAAUUUCAACGAUUAUAUUUCAAUUCGACUUCAAUUGACAAUUGAUUCGAACAAAAUCGAUCAAAGAAUGUUUCAUUGGCGAUUAAUUUCCACGAAUUCAAUCAAAGACUGUUCAAUUGACAAUUGAUAUGAUCAAAGGGAACAAAAAAUCGUUCAAUUAAAAAUUAAAUUUAGCAUAUUUCAACUAAAAGCCGUUUAAUUGACGAUUGAAUUUAGAGAAUUUAAUUGAAGGCCGUUUAAUUGAAUUACGUGAAGGCUGUAAUUGACAAUCGAUAUGAGCAAGUUCGAUCGAUUUUCAAUUUAAUCGAAAUUCAAUCAAUUUCAUCGAAGAAUCAAUACUCAACGUUAUAAUUUGUUACAGUUUUGUGCAUAAUAUUCAUACCUGAAGGGAUUAUCGUGGGAAAAGGGGGAGAUGUCAUGGAAGAUGCUAAUGAUCGAAAAGCGCUAAGUAGAACCCACGUUGAGGGAGGGAGGGAGGGAGGGGGCACAUAUCAAUCGUUACUAAGCAAUGUUUGAUCGAUUGAAUUUGCUCAUAUUAAUCGUCAAUUGAGCGACCUUCAAUUAAAUCUGCUAUAAAUUCAAUUAAACGGCUUUUAAUUAAAUUUAUUUAAUUAUUAAUUGAGCAAUCUUUAAUACCUCUCGCGCUCAUAUCAAUCGUCAAUUGAACAGUCUUUAAUUGAAUUCGUUGAAAUCAAUCGUCAGUCUGCGAUUGCGAAAUUGUUGAAAUCAAUUGUCAAUUAAACGGCUCCCAAUCGAAUUAGGUCAUAUCGAUCGCCAAUUAUGCACGAUGAUAAAUUGAGAAAGUAAUUGAUUACUCGUGACCCUAUUUCCCCCAGUAUUGUCGGACUUGACGUUUUAUUUUCAGAUGUUGUGCAUUUUCUCAUUUAUCGCGAAGCGUCCUUUUUCGGCGGAGAAGCGGGAAUCCCCUCUGGUUUCCGCGAGAUACCAUCUUGUAGCAAGGGGAGACGAGUGUCUCACUCGCGACAGCAUUUUAUCCGGCUGCGAGACAAGACGCGAGACGCGGGCCAGAGGGAAAAUAAGGUUUUCCCAAUCUCGAUUAAAUUUCUCGACGGAGCUUACUGGCAUUCCGCGAUGGAAGGGGAGGCCGCCGGCCGAAGUUAUAUGCGCCCGCGCCGCCGGGAAGUAAUUUACGCCGGUGCACUAUAAGUUCGCUAUGUGUGUGAGAUUUAAGCUUAACGAAGACGCCAGCAGCGUCGCGCGCGCGCGCGCGCGAACACCACAUCCCGAAUUAUGGCGGCUGUGCUGCAGCAGCAAGUCGGCCGGUAGAUGAAAAUGCCGUAACGUUUAAAGAGGUACUUGGCGGCGCUCAUCAUCCUCCAAAGUUAAUAACAUCUCGGUAACGAGGUGGAAGUCGCGUGGAUCGGCUAAGAAGGGGCGAUUCGAUGAUAAAGAUGGCAAUAAAAUUGGUUAAAACUUUCAGUACUUGGCUCGCGUGUCGAUCUCGACGUUCGGCAAUUUAGCGAGAUCCUGUCAAAAAAGGCAGGGAAAAGCAGUUUCCAGUCAUUUAUUAUGUAAAUCGAGCACGGUCGCUUGCAGGAAAGGUACUUUCGAUCAAGGGAGGAUCAAGGCGUGAGCCAAGUACUGUAAUGGCUGACUUUAUUAGCAAAAAUACGUAAAUUUUAAGGAUCGCCUUGUACAGGCCGUUCCAUUUUAAUUGAACACCUCGAGCAUCUCAAAAACAAGACAAUACAGUAAACGUGUGUCAAGCAAAAAUUGUAUAAAAAGGGACAAAAGAUAGUGAUAUUCACUUGAUCUCAGAAUGAACUUGAGCUGUCGACAUCAAUUUCAAUUUUUUAAGUGAAAUCUCAUGUGGCUUUCUUAGCGAAACAAUUCUUCCUUAACGAAACAAUUCUUCUGAUCAUUCUGUGUAUAAAGGAACUGGAAUAAAAUCAUCAAAAAGUGAAUAUUUUCCGAGAUACUUUUCAUUUUAUUUUGAUAUUUUUUAGUACAAGAUACAAAAUAUUUCGCGGAAUAUUUGUUUUUUCAUGACGUCACUUUAACGCUUUUGUGUACAAAAUGACUAGAGGAAUUGAUGUGUGUAUGUAUUAUAAAAACCAUAUGAUUCCGUUCAAAAAAUUAAAAUUGAUCUUGGCAGGUCUUUCCAAGGUCAUUUCGUGGUCAAGUGCAUAUUGUCAUCUUCUUUCUCCCUUGGAACCAGAUCUUUGUUUGGCACACUUUUUUCCAUAAUAUCUCGUUUCUGAGAUAUAAGAGGUGUGCAAUCAAUAUGAGAUAAAUCGACCGUAAGAUUUCUUUCGCUAAGGAACGCGACGGAUCGACAAAUAAUGAAUCCAACACCAUAACGCUUACGUAAGCGCGUAAGCACAUUCGCUCCUUCAAAAUUGCAUCGUCUUGACGGGCACGUUCUCACGCGUCUUCCAGCAAACGGAUUAUAUCGCCGUUCGCGCCGAAAGUGAAGGUCCGUGUGACACGUUGCCUCCCCUCGCUACUUCAUUUUAUAAAUUUACAUAUCGCACGAAGCGUGAUUCUCGAUUGAAGUAACCAAUUGCGUAUUUUGGGUCUAGACAUAUCUGGCUGCGACUAAUCGUCCUCAGUCAUCAAAGUAUCGAGGAAUACCCAAGUCGAAAUUCUAAUCCAACUUUGAGUCUGAAUUUCUAACGUCUGUGUCCCUGUGUAUAUAUAAUACACAUGGGAACUGAAAUCCUAUUUAGCGCCUCUAAAAUGGUAGGAAACGCACAAAGUGCUACUUGUAAGUUCAGAAGAGGAUCUCCCGGCAAGGUUAGCAGAUCAAAUAGAAUUAACAGAGGUUAAUACAAGUUUCAAUGUACCAGCUAAGGUAGGCGUUAAACGGAAUACUGAGGUCGAAAGUAGGAUCAAAAUUUCGACUCAGGUACGCCGCGGUGCUCAUUACUGCCCUCGUGACCUUGAGAUACAACCGAGAGGCGUCCACGUGUAACCUGGAUUUAACGAAAAGCGUGAGAACUCACGUCCGAUAAUACCAUAUCGACGCGAAAAACGCGAACGAGAUACGACGAGCGGGAAGAGAGAGAGAGGGGGAGGGAAAGCGAGGGGGAUACGCGGGAGAUUAACGCGAGGACACUCGUGUCUUGGUGCGAUUCGAUCGUCCCGAAGCUCCUCGCGUAUUUCGUGUAAUCGGUCGGUGAAUAUUGUCGUGCCAAUUAUUCUGGAAAACGACGCCAUUCUUCAGCCCGGCUGGGUAAUUUGUUACGUAGCGUUCGCUUCGCCGUGUCGCGCUCCUCGGGACGGUGCGCUGUUUCAGGGAUCGCGAUUUAUUUAGUGGCGUCUCACUGAAGGACACUCGCUCGAGUGACACCGGUAUUCGUUCUACGCGAAAAUGCGCUCGCUCCGUCCACACACGCCAAGCGCAGCUGCGAUCGCGAGUAUCGGAUUUGCGCCCGAUACUCCCCGGACUUGUUUCGGCAAUCCAUUCCGGCGUUUUUCGCCGACGGCCCUGAGCGGUCGUCGAUUUGUACUUUGCAUUUUUUACUCUCGUCCGCGAAUAAUUUCGCGUCUCGGAGCGAAGUCGAGUCUGGAUGAUGUACCGAGUAGCUGAGUUAACGCGAUCUAUCUGAGUUAACGCGGAUUUCAUUUGAUUGGUGGAUUCUCGAAACAAGAGAGGUGUCUCUGUAACGCGUGACGGGAUUUCAGGCAACACACGUCGCGCGCGCUAAUAUUGCACAAGGAACGGCCAAUAAUUUUUUAUCGGGCACACAUCGAACGGAGCAAGUUCAUCUUUGUGUCUUGGUACAACGCACUUCACACGAUCGCGGCUUCGAUUAUCGCUAAUCGUGUACUCGAGCACAUAUCUCUGUCAUGCUUUACACUUCGAGACUUACUCUAUUGUAUAUACGUAUCUUUACCGAUUAACAGUAAGAAGCGCGUGGCAUUAUCGCGCGUAUCUGUGUGAAAUGCAAAGUGGUCGGCUAACAUCGCCUCUCACUUGCAUUUCCGUAUCGUCGUUUAGUUGAUAACUCUAUUUACGGAAGUCGAAGUAAGCGUAUGUAAAAGAUAUGUAUGUACCCUUCUUAACCGUAUGACCGUAUAUCCAAAUGCAGUUCAGUCUAAUUCGUAAUUGUGCUGAAAAACAUCAUAAUCAAAAUGUAAUGUCGACGGUGUCGUAUGUCGUGUGUCUGUUAGAAAAAUAAGAAAAAAAAAACAAGAUAAUAUAGAAAGUAGUCACGUGAUACACGCUCAUAUGUGUGUGUGUGUGUGUGUGUGUGUGUGUGUGUCUGAAAAUUUCCACGCGAAUCUCUGUGGAGCAUCUAAUUGAUAAUGCGCUAUUACACGCUCGACAUCUCGAACGAGACGUGUAAUGGAGCCGUGUAUCCGUUGAUCGACAAACAAUAAUGAUGAUCGCGUUACGACGAUAAGCGUCGGGUCUUUUUAUUCGCAUAUCGGGGGGCAGAGGAUAUAAAAGUGGUGGAAGGUGCCUCGCGUGACACGGAGCAAUGUUAUCUAAAAAUUUAUGAUCCUCGCGUGGACUUUAGGUUCAACAAUAUUUCUCCGGCAAAGAGAAUCUCUCCACUGCGACUAGUAGUCCUGCCCGGUGAGCUACUCCUCCCGUACUAAUCAAACUUUUUAUCACGAUCAUGAUUUUUAUCGAACACUUUGGGACCGGAUUUUUAUCGCAAACGUGUUCUCGAGAGGACGAAUAAAACAUUAAUUAGCGACGUUCGUUAACUCGAUCGAGAGAGAGUGUGUGAGAGAGAGAGAGAGAGAGAGAGAGAGAGAGAGAGAGAAAGAGCGAUUGAAGGAAAAGUAAGCUUUAAUACGCGAUGUGUGAUAUCAAUUUCGGAAUUUACGAUACCAAUUACAAUAACUAGAGACUUGAGGGUGUCGCAAUUCGGCCGCGAAAUUUGCAUGAGAUCCACAAGGGAUUCUGGUUACUCCCAACCAACGAGGUGGCAUCUUCGUGCAGCUCUACUGCGGUUAUUUUGCGAGAAACGAGGCGAAAGAGAAAAUUAAAGGAGAGAAUUUCUAAAUGAGAACUCGAAACUCUCUCUAGAGAGAGAGUCUGUUAGUGUGUAACCGUGUAUAUGUGUGUGCAUACGUGUACGCGCGUGUAUGUGUAUAUAUGUCUAGUACGAGACGUUCAUUUGUUCUUCUCUACGUGGGCAGUGUAUGAUGCAUUUUAACAAAUUACGAUGGAUAUAUGAAAUUACACGACUGCAUUCCUCUUUAGAUUUUAGACUCGAUUUUAGAUUCCAUUCCGUUUGAUUUUUGCGUAUUCGAUGAUAAUGAACUGAAGAUUUAUACUUGAAUAUACGAGUGAUAAUUUGAUUUGAAGAAUUUCACUGUCUGAUGAAAGUCUGUCUGUUUGAGUAUUCUAUUAUUACUUAAUAAUCUGACGUAUAACAACGGUAGAAAACAAUAUCAGCUGUAUCGAUACACCGAGUUCCCGAAGCAACAAUGUAACUCACGCGUUACUCUUAGUUCGACAAACUGGAUAGACACUUUGUAGUGGCGGAACUAGAUGCGGUUUCUAGGAGAAGCGAAACUAUAUCGCGAAACAAAAUUCCACGAGGUGUGAAAACGAUGAAGACUCGCGAUUAAUUUAAGUAAGUCAGGAGAGAUUAAAACACGGAGAGAAUUUUAUGGCAAUACCUACGAGAAUUUUUAAGAAUUUUAAAAAUUUUGAGAAACUUUAAAAAUUUUAACAAUUUUAUAGUAAAAAUUAUAAUUAGAACUUUUUAACCGAGGAAUAGAUCGACAUUCUGCAGUAAUUAUAUUACUAUCCUUUUCAUACGUAUCAUUUAUAUUUUAGAAACUAAAAUGUGUUACUAAAAAAGUUUGCUAUGUUUCUAGCGAAAUUUACUGAGUUUCCUAGCAAGACAGACCUCGCUAGUAGUCUAUUCCUGCACUACCAGAAAUAUGUAGUAAAAUUGAAAAGAAUUUAUGCAAGGGAAAAAGUUGUAAAAAUAAUAAUUGAGGUGUUUUAACCGAGAAAUACAUUGACAUUUUGAAGGAAUUGAUUAUCCUUUCAUUUUUCGCACGUGCCAUUUAUAUUUCAGAAAGUUAAAUAUGUUGCUAAAAAAUUUGUUAUGAUUCUAGUGGCAAAUUUACUGAGUGGCAAAAUAAGUCUCAUUGACUCAAGUCUAUUCCUGCACUACUAGAAACAUAGUAAAAUUGAAAAGAAUUGAAAAGAAUUUUUAUAUGAAAAAAUUAUAAAAAUUAUAAUUUUUUAACCAAGGGAAAUAUAUAAAUCGACAUUCAAUAAUAAUUAAUUAUUUUUUCAUUUUUCACACGUACUAUUUUUAUUUUAGAAAAUAUGUUGCUAAAAAAUUUGCUAUGUUCCUAGCGAAAUUUAUUUUUAGCAGUAGCAAAAUAGACCUUACUGACAGUUUUUAUUCCUGCCACACUCGAAACAUAGUUAGGUUAAAAAGAGUUUACAUGGAAAACGAAAAAAAAAACUAUAAUAUUCUCUCCGUGCACACGAACAAAAUCAAAUAUCUCGUUCUUCCUCGCAGAAAAUUCUCUAGUUUCGCCAUCUGCGUUUCGAGAUUUAUACAAAUAUAAUUGCGCACACGUGUUAUUCAUUGUACAUAAACUCGCGCGCGUCUUACGACUGUAUUUAUUAAUUGAUAAUUACCGCAACACAGCGUGUCUCGUGACUGUGUGUAUCUAUAAUGUCGUAUUUUACACGCCUUCUGUCAAUCUGUGAUCACACUUUUAGGUAUGAUUGUUCGGCCGGAAUUACGGUACGGUAUGCGAGUAUGCGCGUGAAGUAUCGUAAAAUUUUGCACACAUCACCCGAAAUUUAGCUCAGCCAAUUCGAUUAUGCGAGAUAAUGCUCCCGCGGCGCGUGUCCCCGUAAACGAAAUUAAACGUAGAAAGCGACGUCUUGUCGGAUCUGAUGGAAACGGUUUUGAUAUUCUAAGAUAAUCGUCUUACAAAGUGCUAAGUUCGGCUACCAGCGAUUCGCGGACGUUGUGUGCAAAAUUUGAAAUUGAAAUUUAAGCGUCUUUCGCGACGGGAACUUUGAUAAAACAAUCCGGCGAGUGGUCGCGCGUUGAUCAAAUAUGCGAAGUGGAGGGGGAGAGGAGGGAAGGGAGAAACAUUCGGCACGGCGGGAGAAUUUGUCAAAAGUUCCUUGCCGUCAAAAUCGGGUUUUCGAGAAACGCCGAAAGAGAGAGAGAAAGAGAGGGGGGAUGGCGAAUGCCGCUGGCGAUAGUGUUUGAGAAAUGGGACCAGGAACUAGCUUCUCGUGACUACUUUUCCCGACUGUACUCGUUUUUUAUUGUCCACUUCGUUCAUAUCCGGGACAGCCCGCAACGGGAACGUGUAUCCGAAGAUCGCGUGUACACCGUCUCGCGCGUCCUCGUCGUUUCACGAUCUCGGGGUGCGCGCGUGCGCGCGCGAGACUCGCGCGUUCGAUCGAGCAUUUCUCCAUCGGUGUACAAUGCCGUAACAAAUUUGCAAGUUCGAGAUAGGGGAAAUUCGUAGUUAAAUGGCUUUGCUUGAACGUCUGCUUCGCGUACUUGCCUUAGCGCUAACUCGCGAGUAAGCACCUAAGUUAAGUAAAUAUCCUGUCUAUAUACACGUACGCUGUAUCCCUGAAUUGUGCGUAUAUGUGUCUAUUCGCCGCUGUGUGUGUGUGUGUAUGUAUGUGAAUGUGUGUGCGCGCGCGCGCGUGUGUGUGUAUGUACAUGUGUGGUGCGUGCAUGUGUGUAGGCGAAAACGCGCGCGCGAUACGUAGCUAUGCGUUUCUGAAUGUAUUUAUUGAUAUGCGUAGGAGAAUAUUGACGAGAUAUGAAUGUCGGGUAUGCGGGCGAAUAGGAAGAUCGACACAGGCACUACAUGCUCCUCCAUAUACAAUCCGCCCCGCGAUGCCGUGAGCAUUGCAUACGAUCGCGUCUUGUAAAAUUUCCCCUAAUCAAGACCUGCUUCGUUAUCUAUCAUCUUGUACGAUUCACCGCGAGCGAGAUGCGUAAAUUCCCUCGCUUUCUUCGAAUGCUCGCACGCCACGUCGAAAUAAGCGCUAACUAUUCUAGCUUUUAUGCGGUGUCCGUCCACGGAAUAGCUUUUUCUACCAGAAAUGUAUAGCGUGUAUUUUUGUUUGCUAUUGUAUACUUGAUAUUGUUACAUACGUGUAUAUAUAUAUAUAUAUAUAUAUAUACAUAUAUAUAUAUAUAUGUAUACGAUAUAUUAAUUAUGUAAUGAUAUAAUUGCUACAAAAGUGUGACGACUAUGAUUUGAUAAAACGUCAAUCACGCACGGAGAGAAUUUUACCAAGAUUACUGUACUAUUUUUUAAUCAAGGAACAGAAAUUUUGCAAUAAUUAGCUAUAUUUUCACUUGAUAUAUACUAAUGAUAUUUUACGAACUGAAAUGUGCUAUCAAGGAUUGUAUUAAUAGUCGUUACUUGAAAUUCCUCUCUGGAAACUUGAGAUAUUUAGAUGUGAGCCCAGAGUCAGAUGAAGGUUUCCUCAGCUGAAUCGUGGUUGCAGAUACAACGCAUAUAUCAUAUGAUUCGACU